UCUAAUUCAUUCUUUAUUUGUUUUUCUGGUCUCCCACUUCUUCCUCACUGUCCCGGUUCUUCCAAGGUACUCUGUUUCCUUCUACUAAUUAUUUGCUUCAGAAAAGGCGAGUUUCUAAUACCACUUUCAAGUACAUAGAGCGGAUGGUCAUUGAGGAUGAGAUAGAGCAGAUGCUGAUGGAGGACGACGACACAGAGCAUAUGGUCCCCGACCCUUUGGCUCUCACAGCAGCCGAGAAAUCAUUCUACGAAGUUCUGGGUCUGAAGUACCCUCCCUCACCGGCCCCUCCCACUCUCUGCAACCCUAAUAAUUUUUCCACCGAUCAUAAUAGUGGCAACAGUAAAAUUACUGCUCCCGGCGAGUCAGAUUUUCAAUCCACUUCAAAGAUGCCCUUGAGCUCUUCGGACUGUCUCACUGGGAGUUUCGAUGGGAUCACGAACCCUUGUUCUGAUAGCAAUCUAGAGGAAGAGAAUAAUGAGAGGAAGAAUCAUCCUGGGGAGGAUAUCGAAAGCACAGAUAUAGAAGGGAGGAGUGACAAAGAGUCCAUGGUUUGUGCGGAUGAGGAUGAGUUAUCGAAGAUGUUUGAUAGGGUUUUCCUCUGCCCCGACGACCGCAGGAAGCCUUUGGUGUGUACUUCUGAUGAAGUUUCACAAGAUAGAAGUGGCAAGUUACUGAAGCAUAAUGAACUACCAUGUGGAUCCAAUGCCAGGAAGGGCGGUGGAAAGAAACGAAAGAACAGAAAUCAAGUAGUGGAUUUGAGGGCUCUCCUGAUUCUCUGUGCACGAGCUAUUGCCAUGGAUGAACGUGGGACCGUGGAUAAAUUGUUAACGGAGAUUAGGCAGCACUCUUCUCCAUUUGGUGAUGGAUAUCAAAGGUUUGCUCAUUAUUUUGCUAACGGUCUCGAGGCACGCUUGGUUGGAACUGGUUUUCAAAUUUAUACUGCUUCUAGGAUGCAGUCAUUUGCCGAUAUGUUGAAAAUUUACCAAACUUUUAUUUCAGCAUGCCCGUUCAAGAGGAUUAGUUUUUAUUUUGCAAGUCACCACAUUUUAAAUUUAGCUGAAAAUGCGACGACGCUUCAUAUUAUCGAUUUUGGUAUCUCGUACGGUUUUCAAUGGCCCAUAGUUAUCCAAGAUCUCUCGGCUAUACCUGGUGGGCCUCCUAAGCUUCGUAUUACAGGGAUAGAGUUUCCCAAAUCCGGUUUACAACCAGCAAAAACAGUCGAGGAAGCAGGCCAUCAUCUUGUAAAGUAUUGUGAGCGCUUUAAUGUUUCAUUUGAGUAUAAUGGUGUCGCGAAAAACUGGGAAACUAUACAAAUUGAAGACCUCAAGAUUGGCAAAAAUGAGUUAAUUGUUGUGAAUUGCCUAUAUCGACUCGAUUUUCUACUUGAUGAAACAAGUGUCGAGAACUCUCCGAGAAAUUCAGUUUUGAGCUUGAUUCGAAAUAUAAAUCCACAUAUUUUUAUCCAUGGUAUAAUUAAUGGAUCAUGCAAUGCUCCAUUCUUUGUCACACGGUUUCAGGAAGCACUUUUCCACUACUCAUCAUUGUUUGAUAUGUUGGAUGCCAACAUUACACGUGAAAAUCAUGAGAGGUUGAUGUUUGAGAAAGAGUUCUAUGGGCGGGAAGUUGUUAAUGUCUUAGCAUGUGAGGGAUCAGAGAGGGUUGUAAGGCCUUUGACAUACAAAUAUUGGCAAGUCCAAAACUUGAAUGCAGGGUUCAGGAAACUCCCACUAGAUAGAGAACUCAUGAAGACAUUGAGAGCUAAGGUGGAAUCUCACUAUCAUAAGGAUUUUAUGGUUGAUGAAGAUGGGCAUUGGAUGCUACAGGGAUGGAAGGGCCGAAUUGUUGUUGCCAUCUCUUGUUGGAUUCCUGCAAAAAAGUAUUGAAAUGCAUUUCUUAAACA